AUGUUACUGUCGAGUGAGGUAGCGAGAAUGUUACUGUCGAGUGAGGUAGCGAGAAUGUUACUGUCGAGGAGAUAGCGAGAAUGUUACUGUCGAGUGAGGUAGCGAGAAUGUUACUGUCGAGUGAGGUAGCGAGAAUG